GCGCUACCGAUGUACUGCUAUUGUGGUUCGUUUGGCCUCCGUUAGUCUCCUCUUCUUCCUUGGGACUGGGGGGAGCGAACCGGUGAGAAAAUGGCGUCGUCCUCCAAAAGCCACCGUCCUCGGUCCAAGAGGGACGAUGACAGCGACGAAGAGGGAGUUGGCGGAGGCGCCGCCUCUUUGCCGGAUCUCCUCCAGUUCUGUAGCAGAGCCGAAACCCUAAUCUCUGAGCUCCUCUGCCUUUCCGAUCGCGUCCCCCCCGAGUUCCUCAACCGCCACUUCGAAUCCGUUCUCUUUGAUCUCAGGUACUUUGACUCUCCUAGUAUGUUUGAGACAAGGAUCGAAGGAAACAUUAAACUGGAAGCACUUGAAGACCAACUCCGUGAAUCUUGUUCUGCUUUCAUGCAUAGAUUCUUUCUUUUGGCCAAUGGUGCUGUUGUAUACCAUAUGGAGCUCCUUAAGUACCUAAAUGAGCUGCAGGAAGGCUUGUAUGUGCAAUGUACUCUAGAUAGAGUACUCGAUGAUGAAUGUGGCAGGCAGUUGCUGGCAGAGUCCAUACAACUCUUUGGAUGCCUUCUAUUAUUGGUUGAGCACCGAAUGGGUGGCUUCUUGAGAGAGAAAAUUCUUGUGGCAUAUUUACGCUAUACUCGCUGCUUUGAUUACCCGAACAUAAAGCAGAUCUGCUCAUUUUGUCAUGCACACCGACCUUUAUCUGACACAAUCUUGGAUGUUAGCUCACUUUCUUUAAGAUCAGCAAUGAUUCUUAUAGAGAAGCCUGAAGUUAUCUUGGCUAGAUUUCCUUUUCCCAAAUUGGUUGUUGAUGCUAUCAUAUCUCGUCUGCGGAGUGAUGACUUGUACGAUCAAGCACGCCACUAUCCAGAUCCACAACAUCGUACUGUAGCAUUGUCAUUACAGGCCAGAUGUUUGUACAUUCUACUGCUUUAUUCAACUGAGUUUUUGCAUGAUGGUUUUGUUAUGCGAGAGAUCGUUGAUCGGUUUUUCAAAGAUCACUGGGUUGUACCUAUAUUUUUACAUUAUGCGGUAGAUCUGCUUGCAUCAUGGGAUGCAUAUAAAGAAGCGAAAUUGUCAAUAUCCUCUUGUCAUUCUCCAACAUUAAUACGUGAUCGCUGCCAUAAUCAUUGCAGUCAGGUUAGACAUCUACUGUCCAAGAUAGAUUUGGUACUCACUGGUUCGGUUUUAACCAAAGAUUAUGUCUUGGAUAGAUUUCAGAACUUGCUUUCACUGGUCAGAAAUUGCAAUGUUGCUCUGCGCUGGCUUUUGCUUCAUAGAAUUAGCAUCGGGAGAAAAUUCCGGGAAAUAGUUACCUCUGUAGGGAUAUCAGAGCAAGUGGAUGAAGACUGUCUAUUAGUACUGCUAUUGAAGACCUCCCAAUUGGAGUUCAAGGUGAAAGAACUUAUUGUAGAGCUUCUAGAGAACAAGGAAGCUUUGUGGAAUGAAAAGAAACAUGGUGCUUCUGAAUGUAUUGAAGAACUAUCUGGCCACUGCUCUGGAUCUUGGGCUUCACCAUGCAAAACUAAGAAUGAAAGUCUGAAGGACUGGUUUGGAAAGCUGUCACAGGAGGUUUGCUUGUUGGACCACAGAAGAGCUGGAAGUUCAGGCAGGAUAAUCUAUCGGAUGAUAUCUACACUGAAGGACAUUGAAAAAUUCCACCAAAUUGAAGAAAAUGUACAAUGUAAGCAGCAUUUGUCAGAGUUGCAGAAGUACUUGCAAGAUAUGAUUAAAACUCUUAAUUUGGACAAUGAUGCUCUUUCUACAUUUUCUGUGAUUACAGAUGCUAUAUAUGCUUGGGGGUAUAUUCCAAGGUUUGGUGAACUGCUUGGCAAGAAGAUUGAGCUAGAUCCUUCACUAAUGCUCAUUCUGCAUAUGUUUUUUCUUAAGUUUCGGAGAUGGGUAGAUGCACCAUUAUUACGGGUUGCACAAAAUGAAAGUCCAGAUCUUCCCUGUGUCUCAAAUUUUUAUUCGUCACAGUUUGCGGCUCAGAUAUGUACAGCUUUGGAUACUCUACCUGUUUUACUGCUUGAAAUAUUUAAGGAAGAUGGAAUACAAAAUCAGUCAUUUUAUUCAGUAAAUCGUAUAGACAAAGAUAAGCUUGAAGAUCUUAUGCUGUUGGAUAAGCAGCUUAAGUCAGGAAGGGCAUUCAAUAGGGCAUCUAUUAUAUCACAGGGAAUAACAAUCUUGUCAAGGAAUUUCUUUGGCCUGAUCAAUCUGAACAUCAAAGACUGGUUGGUGGAGCAGACAAUAAAGGAACUUGGGAAGCGAAUUGAGAACAGACUGAAUUGCUUUUGCCUAUCAUCCAGUGUUUCACAUGGAAUUCUGGAAGCCAAUCUAAGGACACUAUCUACUUAUAUCCAUUCUCAAAUGCAAAUGGUGGAGACUUUUCAGGACUUGUUUCAUAUACAUGGGAGAUGUAUCUUGGAAGAAAUCUUAACCAAUUUUUUGAAACAAUCUGCUCAGAAAGUAUAUACUGAACUUCUGAAACAAAAGCAGGAAUCGGUUCCUUUUUCUGCUCUGUUGAUUAAUCUUUCUAAGUCGGACACCUUUUACGGAAAUUUGUUGCUCCAAGUACUGCAGUUAACAGAUCCAUCUCAAUCAAUGUUUAUAGAACCUAUGAGCGGUUGGUUUGAUGCUGAAGGACAUGAAUUACUGGGGUUGCUCUUCUUUGAUGUACUUGAUUCAUGUGUUGGGCAGGAAGGUUUGUGCAUCUUGGAUUCUCUAUUAUGUAUCCUUCUUAAAGACAGUUUGGAGCAUGCAUUGAGGAGUCUCAAAAGUUUGUUGGAUGCUAGUGUUUUGAACGAACUACAUAAGAUGGAUGAUUAUCUGGGUCCAGCUACAUCUCUACCAUUGCUAGGUUGGACAUCAUAUAAGAAUAUGAUUAAGAAUGCCAGUGACUCAUGGGAACCACUGGUUCCAUGUUUCGCGACUAUUGGACAACUGCAAUUAGUUCGCUGCCUCAUUUCCUUUAAGCUGCAGUCAACAUCUAAGCAGAUUAAGGCAGGUCGUGUUUAUUCUGUUGUUGAAGGUCUAAAUGCCUCAAUUUACUCCCAGAGGGAUGAAAUACUUGAGAGCAUAAAUUCAGAAAUGAAGGAUAAUCCAUCUAUAAAAUUUCUUCAAGCUUUUAACAAAGAGCGGAAGCUUUGUGGUCUCUUUUCUCCUCUUCAAACCAUUUAUAUUUCGGAAGAGCCUCCUAUUUUGUUGGGCAGAUCUGCAUCUAUUUUGUCCAUAUCACAGCUGCCACAAUAUGUACUCGAUUCUCACUUGGGCACUUUGACCAGUAAAACAAAGAAAUCCAUAAUUGACUUUUCUCCUGUUGCCAUUGGACUUGGAACAUUUCUUAAGCAGUUUCAUCCUUCUCAUAUGACCCAAUAUGUACAGUACAUGGGUCAGUAUGUAAGAAUUACGGCAGAAAUAGCAUAUGGAGGGGUCUAUGAUCCUCAGAUAUUGUCUGGUGACCCGGCAUCGGAGGUUCUGAAGCCAGCAUUCUGGUUGAUGUAUUUCUGUAGACAUAUGAGCAUCUCAAAGAAUUUAGCAGAAUCGUGUCUACCGCUGUCUCUUGUUGCCAUGCUACAGAUGUGAGCAAGUCAAGCUCCCGCUGAGGAGAUACCUGGAGCUGCAUUGUGUCAGAGGCCACCAAGAACGAUAUCUGGGAAAGCUUAAUGUACAUGUCAUCACCUAAUAACAAUAAUGUUGAUGUCUUGGGAAGAAUUUUGCCUACAGUCAUCUGAGGACAAGAUGUCUUGGGAAGAAUUGUGUCAUAACCAAUCAUCAAUGACGAUAGUGAUUUGAUGCAUGAUCGAUGUGCAAGGACAAAGAACCAUAUCAAGGAAAUAGUCAUUUAUGAUGA